AUGGUAGUACAGCAGCUCAACAGUGCCGAAGAGUUCAAUAAAUUUCUGCUAGAUUGGAAACUUGCUGUAGUGCAUUUCUAUGCAUCAUGGGCGCCCCCAUGCGAACAAGUGAAUAAAGUUCUCAAAGACCUACAGGAUGAUUAUAAAUCAUACCCAGUUGGUUUUGCUUUCAUCGAUGCUGAAGGCGUGCCCGAUGUUUCCGCUAAGCACUCUAUUGCUGCUGCACCAACAUUAAUAUAUUUCAAGGGAGGUAAAGAAGUGGAUCGCGUGAACGGUUACAAACCUAGCGAAAUUGAAUCAAAGCUGACUCAGCAU